UGAAAUAGCUCAAUCUACAAAUACUCAAACAACCACUUCUUUAUCUAAUACACCAUCUGUUUCAACUCUUUCUAAUACACCUGACCUACUAGACAGAGAAGAUUUCAACCUCGACUUAUUAUUUCAAAUUUAA